AGGAGCCAUGGUGAGGGGCUAUGGUCAGCAAGUUUGGUGAGGAGCUAUGGUCAGGAGCAACAAUUCCUCUAUCUCUACCCUCUUCGAACCACAGCUUAUGCUUCGGACUCCGGGAUCUCGAACCACAGCCGCUCCCAGCGCCGACGGAUAACGAAACUGCAAGUGUCCCGGAGUGAACUUUAACGAGGUGGAAUUUCGCCGUAGAAAAAUACUAUCAACGAAUUUGUGGAAACUUUGGGGGGGCAAGGAAAGUUUUGUGUUGACGAGGAGUGCAUUGGAUACUUUUAAGGUGACAUGCGAACAUUCGACCUGCGAAAUGCUGAACUGAAGUCAUCAAUUGAAAGAUAGCUCUCCAUGCAAUGUGGUCUGGAUGUUCACACAGCCAAGACAGAGGAUACCCUGCUGUCCAGCAUCAGUGUAACAAUGUUACUUCAGCACUAGUGGUUCACCGAGCAAAUAGAAUACAAAUCAACAUGGUAGCCCCUCAAGAUCCUGAGGAGCUCAGAGACGUUGAUGGUCCAGCUCAGAGGCAGCAAGACGAUGCACAAUCAGGGCAACCUUACCAAAUCCUCCACCACAAUGUAGCAAGCACUGGAUACCAGCACCCAAAACCUGAGGACAGUGUAUCUACUUCUUGGUAUAGUUGGCACCAACAAAGCAGCUGCGCUAAUCCUGACUAUAAUCCAUCACCGCAUGACACUGCAGAAAGCAGCUGCGCUAAUGAAAACACUGGGAGACGACGUCUUUAUAAUGGUGGAAAAGAUGAGGAAUGUAGUGGGCAAAGUCUUAGUAGAUAUUCCCAGAAAGGGUCAUAUGUGAACAAUAAUGCUACACUGCAGCAAAAAGAUUUAAGUUGUGCCUAUUCAGUUUGUACCAGUUCCCUAGCACCUCAGAGAAAUACUGUUGGAGUCACAGCACAGACAUUUCCUUUACGGGGUCAAGGGUAUUCUGGGCCUCUGAAGCAAACAUCUAGCCCACUGCAAUGUGCCUUGUUGAAAAGAAAUUGUCGGCAAGGGAGAAGUUCACUGGAUGCUCUCAGCUGUGAACAGAUUGGAACACAAAACCUAGUACAUUCAAGAACUCCCCGGUACCAGCAGCAGUUAACUCGUCCAUCACCAGCCCAAGAAAUAAAACCACUUACAGAUGUCGAAAUACAUGACUAUAUUGCAAAAGAGGUUAAACAGUACAGAAGAACCCAAAGCACUGGAAACCUCCCCACAUCCUCUGACAAAGGGACACAACAAUAUGAGGAGGUGCAACGUGUCAGCAGUGCUGAGCUUGGCAUUGCUGCACUUGGAAAAUCUCUUCCAGUGGACAGUUCAAAGGGCAGCAAAGUAAAUGCUGAGUUUACUCAGACAAGUGAUUGUCCUACAGUUCCAUCAGAGAGACAUUCAACAGAAUACCUGCAACUUAUGAGAACAGUUACUGCCACCAGCACAAAUAAUGAGGACACGAGUCCAGUACUUCUCAUAUCAAGGCCUGGAAGGACUUUGGGUGACCUGACUGAGAAGGAACACUGCAACAAGCCAAAAGGAGAAUGCACAUCUGUGGGGUUAAAUAUCAACCGGAAUUUGGAUGAUUUGCACAAGGUGACUGGUGUUUCCUGGUCUCCCAAACACAUGACCGUGAAAGAGGAAGGAGAUGCAAGGCUAAACCCAGUUGACAAUGUGGGUUGGGCAGUAGACUUUGACAGUUCGCAAGGUCUGGCUGAUGUAUCCGUAGAUCUGCAAAGGUCUGUUAUAACUGGAAACCAAUUACUUGUACUCAAUGAAAAUCAAGGCACAUUUCCCAAUAGAAGGAAAACCUCUGAAGAUCAACAUUGUCAUAUAACGGAUCAGGAAGUAAUUGCACAUCCCAUGGUUACUUCAUCAGUUGAUCAAAUUCAGAUUCAUAGCGUAAUGUCAAUUUCUACAGACCAAAGUGAACUGCUGUGGAACCAAGGAAGUCAUCAAUGUGUGAUGGAGGAUGCACGUCCUGUGCAUUCACAAACAGAUUUGUGUCUAGAAGUUACUGAAAAAAUUGCCAAAGUCCAAAAACUGCCACUGCUCCCUGAAAGCAAGAGUCUGGCACACGCUCUGAAACUUUUGAAAGAUCCAAAAUAUGAAGACAUUUCAGAUUAUGAAGACGUGUCACAGGUGAUGACAAAACUUCCAAACACAGAGCAUGAGAAAUGUAGCUUCCUGCCAUGUGCUGAAAAUCCUCAGUAUGAAGAUAUAAGUGAAGAUGAAAAUCCAGAGAAGAAGAGAUUAGCUCAAGAGAUAUUUUUUACAGAAUACAACAAAAAGCAGUCACUAUCUGAAAAUGAAGGCCAUGGACACGUGCAGGGUCAGGAUCAGGUAAAGACUGAAAGCAUUUCAGAAGAGAAGCUGAUUUUACUAAAUACAGCAAAACUCUGUACUUGUCCAUGUUUUUUUGAAACUGAUAAUGGCUUUGAACAUUUAUGUCCUAAAUGUGACAGUAAGAGACAACUGGGAGUGCAAAUAAACCACUCGGUUUCAUGUAGUCCUUCCUACGAGGAUUUCGAAGAUGGAGAUGAGAGUGACGAUCAGAUGGAUGACUUCAUAGUCUUGCCUAUAAGCAUCACAAACAUUAUAUUUGAACCAGAAAAUGAAAUCCAGGACAUCCCAGAGAUCAUUGUGCAAGAUGACAGUAAAAGCGGAGAAAAAGAUGGGCACCAUGACAUGAUUCCAACAGACUGUCCAGUUCCCAAACCAGUUACGGCUUCUGCUUCCUACAAUAUGGAGGUAUUUGACACAGUUGAGAGCUUUCUACAAGCUAAAGCUGAACAUGAAAUGGUCCUCGAGGGAGACACACAUACACCUAACAGGAGCAGGUUCCUCUCUGAGCCUGGUGACAGUAGUGAAACAGAAGACAGCUGUGAUUACUCGGCACCUCUGCCUCAAGAGACAGACGAUAAUUCAUCUGAACAUUAUGAGGCUACAAAUGUGCAAAAAGGUCAAGGCAGGCGCCUAGACAAUGGGAGCUGUAUGGAAAAACCUAUCAAGUUGAUUGAAGCCAAAGCCAGCUCAAGGAAUGUCCAACUCCAGACCAUCAUACAAACGUAUUCCAAAAAAAAAGACAUAAUAAUUGUUGAUUCCGACACAGAAGAUGAAAGUGACCAAAAUUGCAGAAAGAAAGCUAAACGUAAGAGAUCACCCUCUUCAGGCUCAAUGGACUAUGUAGAUGCCCCAUGGGGUCAGCAAAUAGGACAUCCACCUGAAACUUUGGAAAGUCUGUAUCAAACCGUGAAAGAAACUGCAGACUUGCCAGUCCUGAAGCAUACUGAGCUAUUUCAUAGUACAGCAGCAAGUGGGAAGCACCCUGAAAAUAAAGCUGGUCAUAAGCAUGUUCAACAGGAUAUCACCAGGAAAAAUAACGAGAGUAUAAUUAUCCUUGACUCUGACACGGAGGAUGAAAGUGACCAAAACUACAAAAGGGAGAACAGCAGCAGAUCAAUCACUAAAGAAAAGCUCAUAGAAAUGAGACCAUUUGCUGAACGCUCUGACCUGUCUCUCUGCGUAAAAAAUGCUGGACAGUUGAUUGAAGCUAAAGUUGGCUCUGAGUAUGUUCAACACAAGAGUAACAAACAAACAACCUCAAAAAGAGUUAAAGUUUUCAUUGAGUCUGACAAAGUGGCGAUUAGCAAAGAAAAGGCAACAGAGAGAAUGCCCCCGUCAGUUCCGAAAGACAGUGAUGCUAUAUCUCCUCAACAAAAGAGACAGUCAACAGAAAUUGUAAACCGCCUCUGUGGAACUGCCAAGACAAGGCCUCGAAAAACCAUACUAUUAUCUGAACAGUCACCAGAGAAGCGUCUUCAGUCUGUGGACAAGAAGGCAGAUGCCACCUCAGGUACUUGUCCUGUGAUUCCUGGCCUUUUGGUAAAGUCUGUGCACAAUAAUAACCUGAAACUUUCAAAAGAACGUGUCAACAGGCAGGAUACAGAUGAAACCCCUGCUCCAAAGACCCCUACAGCAACCAGUAAAAAGAAAUACUCAUUUGAAAAGAAGACUUUGAGUAAGGUUCAAGCCAGCAUAAUAAAACCCAGACCGGUUUCAAGGCAACUUUCGUUACCGAGAACCAACUAUGACUCGAGGAGACAAGCAAGGCCAGGAUCGAGUCACUCUGACAGGAUACCCAAACAGAGGCGCAACUCCCACGAGUCUGCAACUCCCCUGAUGAAGAGGGCCAUGUCUGAAGCUAAACAUUUGACCAAGGCCAGAAAUCGAGACAUUGAAAGAGAACAAAGAUCCAACGUUGGUGUUGGUUACAAAUGGUUGGAGAGCAGGAAAAAAGAGCCAAGGCUAACAAAGACAGGUUCCGCCAGUGAGAGGAAGAGGUAAAGAUCUCAAAGAGCGUUCCACCAUCCACUCGUGUUCCAAUGGACAGGUUGUUAAUAACUGUUGCUGUAUAUGAUUCUGUACGUACAUUCUGUAUUUUAAUGGUGUGAAUGCAUGUUUUCACAAACAGUGUCAUAUGUUAGUAUUUAAAAUAUCAGCUAUUUGUGGUAGUGUUGUUUUCAAUUGAAAGGAAAUUCUCUUUUUCAAGCUACCUCACAAUGAAGUUUCUCCACUUACUUUAGUGUUUAUGCUCUGAUUACACUUUGAAUUUGAAGUGCUUGAUAUUUUAAACACAUUUUUUCCGCAUAUAAAUGUAUAAAGAGAUGGAUACAUAUUUAUAUGAUCCUAUUCUUUUCCCCCUUUUUAACUUGGUAUUGUUUUUGUACUCAGCCGUGGUUACAUUCUGUAGGCAAUGGUGUUAUCUUUAAAAAUGUUGUCAUAAAAGUCUUGCAAUGGCUCAAUUUCU